CUUUGAACUACAGAGAACUUCAAAUCACCUUACACCGCAACUUACAGACUUAACUGAAGAAUCACAGACAAAAAGAAACAGACUUAAGAUGAAGGUCACUCUAGCAAAUCUGCUCUGUUUCACAGUCCUGGCAAGCUCCGGGACGAGCUUCCCGUUUGAGAGGAAGACGGGAGUCGGAAAGGAGAAGAGGGUGCAGUAUGCCGCAUGGGAUGAUGUGAAUGUACUCGCCCAUGGGCUGCUACAGCUAGGUCAGGGACUGAAAGAGCACGUGGACAAGACCAAGGGCCAGAUGAGAGACAUCUCAGCUAAGCUAAAGGUCUUCAACGGUACUGUGGCUGAGCUGGGCAAACAGACACAGCGACUGCAGGAAGACAGUGAAGCUCUGAAGGCCAAAGCCCAGGGGCUGGAGGAUCGGGAGAGCAAAAUGCUAAACAUGUCCUCUGAACUGCGUGAGAAGGCUGAGGAGCUGCUGAGAGAGAGACAAAGAGUCAACGAAAGGAUGAACAAAUUGGAGGAGAAGGUGGACAGCAUGCUCCAGGGAGAAAGUCUGGAGACUGGCAGCAGUAAUUUCAGUGAUGCCCGUGCCAUUCAGUGGUUGCUGGAGGCACAAAAUCGGCGUAUAGACGACCUCGUAGAGAGAAUUAAACAACAGCAAGAAAAACUAGACAAGCAAAACGUCCGCAUUCGAACUCUUCAGAGCCUGAUCCAGGUGAAAAAUGAACGAUUGCUUCUCAAACGUAAGGAAGACGACAUCCAUCAGAACGGCAGCAGUGAGCAACGCGAUUCACCAAACGCAUUGGCCUCAGAUUGUCAUGAGUGGUUCCUGCGAGGAGAAACAGUUAGCGGCCUUUAUACCAUCCAGCCAUCUGACUCUCAGCCCUUUGAAGUCUACUGUGAAAUGACUCCCGAGGGAGGUUGGACAGUCAUCCAGAGGCGCCAGGAUGGCUCUGUAGACUUUGAUCAGCUCUGGCAAAUGUACCAAACCGGCUUUGGAAGCCUGACCGGUGAGUUUUGGCUUGGUCUGGAGAAGAUCUACUCCGUGUCCAAAGGAGGGGAGCACAUUCUGAAGGUACAGUUCUCUGACUGGAGGGACGAGACCCAGGCAAUCAAGUACCCCUUCCGUCUGGACGGAGAGGAAAACAACUAUUCUCUGCACAUUCUGAAGAGUCCCGCUGAUAACCUGGAGAGUGCCCUGGACACUGAUGCUGUUGGUUUGCCCUUCUCUACCCGUGACAAGGACAACGAUCAGAAGAACGACCUGAACUGUGCCAAGCACCUCUCAGGUGGUUGGUGGUUCAGCAACUGUGGUCGUUCCAACCUGAACGGCAAGUAUUUCAUGAGCCCUCCUCCUAAGCAGAGGCACCAGCGGAAACAGGGAGUGUUUUGGAAGACCUGGCGUGGCCGUUAUUACCCGCUGAAAACCACUGUCAUGAUGAUCGCUCCUGCCGAGAUCGAGAACAAGUCAUAGGGGAGGAGUCAUUGUCUGAAUCACUUAUGAGAAAAUAGAGACUUUAAACCAAUGAAAUAGUAAUGCACACAGCCAUGCUACUUAUAACUUGCCAAAUGGACUGAAGUGGUGCUCAAGACAUGUGAAGUUCUGCUUUAGUGUCCUCCAAUAUUUCAGUGUUUUGUUACGACAUUCAGCUGAACAGAAACUGUAUCUGAUUUGUGAAUACGAAUCAAGAAAAGAAAUGGACAGAUGUUGGCCCGCCCCACACCAUCAGAUCAGUGUGUGUGCAGAAACAGGCUGCGUUGAUACUGAAACGUUGAGGUUGAGGAGAACUUAGCAUGCCCCUUGUUCAGCAUGUAAUAACAUGAUUUGUGUAGCGUAGGUGAUUCUCUUGCCACAUGUUAAAACCUAUCUGGUAUGAGGUGCUCUCCUUGCAAGAGCUCCUUAAAAAUGAAAAGAGCACAAUUCUGUAUAAUGCACUGCUCACAGUGUAAAGAAAGAGAUGACAAUGCCUGAACUUUUUUUAUGGACCAAAUAAUGACUGACUCAGAUUGAGCCAAUGUGGAACAGCAAUAGAAUGGCAUUAUUUAUCCGAAGGCAUUAUCCAAGAAGAUAGAAUAACGGCAUGAAAAUAGAUGUUGCACCAAUAUAUGGACAGAUUUUAUUUUUGCCGACUAUUGCUGAUGGAUUAUUAUCAAGAAACAUUACAAAUUCUUCACUUGAAUGCACAUAAUCUUUCCAACUCUUUAAGAAUCUAAGACUGGUUAUCUGUUUUAUUGUUGUGAAUCGAUGUUUAGAGAGGUGUAUCAGUGGAGACUGAUUUUUUUUCAGUCAUAUUGACUGCCCUAGAGGUCUUGGUGUUGUCUUCACAUUUCUGUAAAUAAUGGUUACUGUGUUGACUCUCUCAAAGAACUUAAAUGUAAACAUUCUUUAGUUUUAUUACAGUUCUGUUGUUGACCAUGAAGUGUCAUGCUCUGAGGUUUUUUUAUUUAAGCGUUGUUGAAAUCAAAGUGUAUUUCUUUUACCUUCUUUUGAUAAUUUAUAUAUGUUCCAAAAAGUAAAACAUUUUGCUAUUGUUUUGUAAGAGUAAAAAAUGUGUUUGGUCUUUAAUAGGCCAAUAAAUAGCUAUGAGAUGGAAA